UCUGUCCCGAGGAAGCCUCGUGAAUUUUCGCUGACUCGUUUCUCCGUGUUUACGAUUUAUCUAUCUAUCGACAUUUUACCAUACGCGUUACUUACUCACCUUCCUGAAAAAUACACCUGCGCGAAGGAAGACACGUGAUUAGAGUCGUCAUCGACGUGUACGCGACAUAAGAAACUGGUCCUACUUACCUUGCACCCUGCCGAACACCUCGAAGUCGACGCCGACCAAUUUCGACAUUUUCGGACCGUUAUAAUCGCGCUGCUUAAAUCUCCGAUGACGGAACCACGGGGAGGCGAGGAGUGAAUUUUUAAAUGUCCCUCGACCAACGUUGGAACAUCGUUCGAAGUGGCAAACUGUAUGGUGCGUCGUUGAUUUGCGAAACAAAAGUCAACUAGAUGUCGCCAUGCGAGGUUAUAUCAGCUGUUCCGGUUAGUUAAUACCGGUAUCCUUGGAAACUAUUUUCGGAACAUGAUCGUACUUCGUAUUCACGGCGACGAAUUGAUGUUCGGCGGCAGCGGAACUGUAAUGACACAUUCGCCACGUAUACCUCAGAUGGAGAUGAUGAAGGUCCACAUUCCAUUCACCUUUAAGCUUCACGAAAGUUUCAAGAGCACUUACGCCGAGGUUGAGUGCGAGGUGUCGAGUCAAGUGGAGUAUUCUCUGCAAGCGAUCUGGGGCGUGAGCAUAAGAGAGCUUCACCUGGCGCUCUGGAAGCCCUGGAGCACCCUCCGCGACGCGUCCUUGAACGGCACUCUUCUGCAAGGCCACGCGCAGUAUCUCACGCCGCCGCAAACUAGACAACCGCACGGCGAGGAGACGCUGAGACUGUCGCUACCGGCGCCCGAGCUGGAACUUGGGACACCUCCGCGCCUCUGUUACCCUCUGGUGAUUUUUCUGACCCGUCGGGACAACGGGGAUCCUCAUCCCGACGAAACCGUGGCACUGGUGAACGUGGUCCAUAUCAAGGAUAGCGUGUGCACCCUGCCGACUUCGAUCCUGGCGCAGUAUCUGAAGCAAGCGAACGGCCAGUUAUCCUGCCUCAAGCAACUGUACCUGGCAACGGGCAACUCGACCAACUACGACGAAGGAGACGUGUCCUCCGGUCUUGGCUCGGCCCUGGCGCUCGCGGAGCCAUGCAACAACAACGGGGGAGCUGCGAGGGGUGCGCUGGUCGCAUCGGGAACCGGGGAUCCCGAGGGAUCGCUCUGGAACACGGCUGGGGAGCAACUUUGCGUCGUCUGCCAGUACUUCCCCCUUUCCAGAGCCCUGCUGCCCUGCAGGCACACCUGCAUCUGCGCCUCCUGCUUCGGCAAGUUGGACCGGUGUCCCAUGUGCAGGAGCCCCAUCAAGAGCUACUUUUGCAUCCGCGGCGAGGAGUACAUGCCCCUCGAGGCGGAGAUCAACCCGUGCAAGCAGAGACAGCCGAGCCACGGGCCCACCCACUGGCUGCACGAUUGGAACGACCGACUCACCGAUUUUCUCGGAUUCGCGCGAUAGGAUCGCCCCUCGUUCCAAAUCGAGUCGAAUCGAUUUCGAAAUCAGGAGACUUACCGUGUUGUUUCGAGCCCGAGGGACCGCCCCGCGUUUCCAAGUGUAGCGUUCGCAACGACGAACGAAGGAGAACCGCUUUCUGUUAGCUUUCUGUUAGAGCAACGGGCAAUUCGGGAAGCGUUCGAACGGCAGAGAGAACGGGCGGUGUGUCGUUGAAAAUAUUUCCGAGAUUUCUAAAAUAUCAGGAGAGGAAAUCGGUGCCGACGAUUCAACAGAUUCAACGACGAAAAUGUAAACACUUCUAAAUCUCCUAUGGAGUAACGUUUCAGAUUUUUACCAAGUAACGUUGUAUAAAUACUUAAGGUGUACAUACAAAAUAUUAGAUAGGACGUGUCCGAUUCUACGAUUGCAACUAACGAUUAAGUUAUUGAUAUUAUUUCAUACGAACACAUGUUUAUUCGAUAGAUCUAGAAGACAUUAGUUCUGAUAUGCAUGCCUUUAAAGUAUUUCUCCAGUUUUCUCUCGCUCUUCUUCUCCAUCUAUUAUUCCUCAUUCUCUUUUCUCUCUUUUAUCCCCCCCCUCUCUCUCUCUCUCUCUCUCUCUCUCUCUCUCUUUCUCCACCUGCUCGAUUUGUCUAGCUGUAACGGAUCAACGAUCCGAAGGAAAAUACUUUUUGUUUCCUUUGUAAUUGCUCUGCCGUCCAUGAGCAGCGAUGGAGUGACUUUUACGCGAGGUUCUUCUGAAAAGAAAACGGUGCUCGGUCGGAGAUUGAAAGGACAAACGAAUGAACGUUCGGUGGAAAUUAAUUUAAGAGAAGAACGUUGCGUUUAACGUUAGGAACUGUAAAUACACAGACUGUGAUAAUUGUAA